AUGAAUCCCCACCAGCAGAACAAGGUCGACAUCAACUCUCUCACCCCCGAUGAGCAGCGACUGUUCCGCAUGUAUGGCAAGCUGCCCACCAAGAAAGACCUGCUCCAGAACAAACUCAAGGAGCGCAAGUACUUCGAUUCCGGCGAUUACGCCCUUAGCAAGGCCGGCAAAGCUUCAGACGUCGGCGUAACCAACAUUGGCUCUCGCCACCCUCCGGCCGUGCCUGGAAAUGGCGGCCCCGUCAAUAGCCAAGGCCAACAACUUCCCGGCAGCAUCAGCGGUCAUCCCGGCUCUGUGGGGUUCCAAAGCCGCAGCCCUGUCAAAGAGGGCAGCUUUCUGCACCGGGGCACAAGCAUCAGCGAGGGCUCCGCUGGGCCAGUCUUACACAAGGACAAGGAGGACGACGAGAAGGAUCUCAGCGUUAGUCCCCCUACAGCCCGAGAGGGUGUGCCCAUUCAACAAUAG